UAUAAAUGCUUGUGCUUCUUCAUAUAGUUUUCCAUGUAGAUUGCAAAUCCAAUUUUUUUCUUUCAUGGUAUGAGGAAUUUUAGAUCAUCAGUUCUUGUGGUGCUAAGUCUGAUCAUAGUUUCCAAUGUCGCACGGGCUAGUGCUGAGACUAAGAUUCAUAUAGUGUAUCUGGGUGAGAAGCAGCAUGAUGAUCCCAAGCUUGUCACAGAAUCCCAUCACCAGAUGUUGUCGUCACUUCUUGGAAGUAAAGAGGAUGCGCAUGACUCAAUGGUGUAUAGUUACCGGCAUGGAUUCUCAGGGUUUGCAGCAAGGCUCACCAAGUCCCAAGCCAAGAAGAUUUCUUGUACUCAUUGAUGUCUCAUAAUCACAUAUAAACAUCACUUUGAUUGUCUGACCACUAUCAGCAGUAUGUUUUUAUUAAUGGCGCACUUCAUUUGACAAACAGAUUCACCGGAAGUUGUUCAUGUCAUGCCGGAUAGUUACUAUGAACUCGCGACAACUCGAACUUGGGACUACUUAGGCCUGGGUACUGCAAAUCCGAAGAAUCUCCUAAAUAAUACAAACAUGGGUGACCAAGUUAUCAUUGGCGUUGUUGACACAGGAGUGUGGCCUGAGUCUGAAUCAUUUAAUGACGAUGGAGUUGGACCAAUACCGAGCCAUUGGAAAGGAGGAUGUAUACCAGGAGAAAAUUUCAAAUUAACUAAUUGCAACAAAAAACUCAUAGGAGCCAAGUAUUAUAUCAAUGGAUUUCAAUCCGAAAUUGAUGGAUUCAACUUCACAGAAUCACCUGACUACAGUUCUGCUAGAGACUUCGUUGGCCAUGGAACGCAUGUAGCCUCUACUGCAGGUGGUUCAUACAUUCCUGACGUAAGCUACAAGGGACUCGCUAGAGGAACCAUGAGAGGUGGUGCACCUCGUGCUCGCAUAGCGAUGUACAAGGCUUGUUGGUAUCUAGAAGAACUAGGCGGAGUGACUUGUUCAUCUUCUGACAUCUUGAAAGCAAUUGACGAUGCUAUUCAUGAUGGUGUUGAUGUCUUGUCACUCUCUCUAGGUAGUCGAAUUCCUCUGAAUUCCGAAACCGAUCUGCCUGAUGCGAUUGCUAUUGGAUCAUUCCAUGCAGUUGCAAAAGGUAUUACAGUUGUUUGUGCUGGUGGUAACGCUGGCCCAUCAGCUCAGACCAUUGCAAACACGGCUCCUUGGAUAUUAACAGUGGCUGCAACCACUCUAGACCGGUCAUUCGCCACACCUAUUAUACUUGGGAACAAGAAAGUGAUAUUGGUAAACCGGACUAUGUUUUUACUUCUUUUUUCUUCUUGACAAAUGUUUCUCUAUUUGUUGUCGAGCCUUGAAACUCUGUUUAUAUGUAUUUCCGCUGAUACAUCAGGGUCAAGCAAUGUACACAGCCCCAAAUCUUGGUUUCACUAGUUUGGUUUACCCAGAGGAUCCAGGGAACAGUAAUGAGACAUUUAACGGGUAAGACCAUCGCCAAUUAUGUUUCAUUUUGAAUAAAUUUAUACUCCAAUAAUAUUUUACUACUUUAAGUUAAAUAUCAGUGUUUUGCGCAGAAUGAAUAUUAUAUAUUCAAAUACUUUCACAUACUAUUAUUUAUUUACAUUUUUAUAUAUUAUUUAAUAAUUAAGAGAGCCAUAUAAUAUCAUAUUAUUUAAAUGAUACUAAAAUAAAUAAAUAUUUUAAUUUUAAUAUCUAUUAAAUGAGACUUCCUGCUGGGUCUAUAUUAUUAAAAAUGAAAUACAAAUCUAAACCUACUCUUAAAAUAACAUUUUAAUUAUAUUCUAAUGCCACUGAAAACUACCUUAUCCUAACUUUAAGUAUUUAUUAUUUUUGCUCUAUUAAAAUAAAUUCCUAAAUUGAUCUAAACUAAUGAAUGUUGAAACUGUCCAAAUAUUUCUCAGUUUAAUAAAAAAAUUGAAAAUUGAUAUUUAAUUUUAUAUGAAAGAAAUAUUCUGUAAAAACGAUAUCACUCAAAACCUAAUAUACAAAAAUUAGUAUAUGCUAAAUCUUAAAAUAAAAAAAAAAAUCAUUUGAAAUUUGAUUGAGAUCAAAGCCUCAACUCCGUCAAUAACAGACCUUUCUCCAGAACUACAAUAACAUAAACCAUAUAUUAAAUAAAAGUUUUUUAGCAUUUAAUAAAUUUACUUUCGGAAAUUUUUCCUAUUUAAUUAAUUUGGAAAACUUAUUUUAGUAUCAUUUAUAUUUUUUCAUUAACUAUAUUUCCACAUUAAACAAAUGAAAAAUAUUGUUAAAUAAAAUAUAAUAUAUGGUAUUAUAAUCCAUUCCUCAUUAUUUAUUAUUAAUAAAUAAAACUGUAAAGCCUCAUGUAAAUAAUCAAUUUUGUAAUAUAUGUAUAUAUAUAAAAUACAAAAUGCUGUUUAAAAAUGUUAUUUUUUACAUAUUUUUAUAUAACUAUUAGUCCAGUGCAAAUUUAAUAAGACAAAUAUAUAUAAAUAAUAGCUAAUACAAUUGACGGUAUAAACAAAAUUACUGCAUAUAACCAAAAAAAUGUUUUUAUAAUAAGUUUCAUAUUACCUAAAAAGUUAAUAUGGGUAAAUAUUUAAAAUAUAUAUUACCAUAUUAUAUUAAUAUAUUGACUUAUAUAGCUGUAAAACAAACAUCCGCACAAGUGUGCGGAUCAAAUGCUAGUAUGGUUUUAUAAUCAAUUGUAUAUUGUUAGAAAAAAAUUAAAUCAGUGAUCACAAUUUUUAUUAGUUUUAUUAGCUUACAAUCGCUUUUAAAAGUUCAAAAUAUAACAAACACGAAAAUAUAAAUUCUAUUAUAUGGUUAAUAUGAUUUUAUUUACUUUAAUAAUAUAAAAUUGAACAAAAAAUGACAGAUUAUACAUAAUUUACUACCAAAUCUUUAUUUUUAUUCAAAAUAAAUAAUAAAUAAAUAAUUUUCAUAUGUAUUUUAAUUUUUUUUUACGUCAAAUGGCCAUUAUAUUACUCAAACUGUCAUAUGUAUUUUAAUUAUAAUAGGUAAUUUCAUAGCUUUUAGUUAAGGAAACAAGGAAAUAUAGUUUUUAUACAUUAAUAAUUAAUUCUAUGAUUAGUUUAAUGAAAAUCAUAAUAUAUGUUUAGAUGAACCAACAUAAUUUUUUAUAAAGAUUUUAAGAAUUAUUCUUGUGAUGGCAUGUGCCAUAGUUAAAAAUUUGUAAUGUUUUCUCAAAUAACAUAUAAGAGAUUUCUUGAUCCAAAUGAAGCAAUACACUGUACAACUUUAAAUUUAAAUAAAUCAUAUUCAUUUUUUGAAGAUAAAAUGUUUUUAAUUGUAAAAUAAUCAGUUAACUCUCUUAUACUUAUUUUUGUUUCAAAAAAUUAUAUUGGUUAAGGUUACUAAAUUAAUUACAGAGUUUCAAUUAUAUUUUCAUCUAAUUAGAUGUUUAUAUCAAUGGGUAUCAAAAUAUUCAUUCCUAAUUUUUUUUAGCUCAGUUAGAAGAAUCAAAGAUAAAUUAGCUCAUUUUUUACUUUAAAACAAUUUUCUUAAUCACUUAUAGGAUAUAUAUAUGGUGUUCUUUAUAAAAUCUAAUUUUUCUGUUAAUGUAUUUUUUUGUAAGAAUUUUAAAGAAAUAUCAUAUAAUGUCAUUAAUUUUUUUUGUAUCACAAAUAUAAAACUAAAGGUCAUAAUGACCAAAUAUCUUCUCUAUUAAAAGAGAAGUACAAAACAAUCUACUGCACAAAAAUCAUGUUUGACCAUUUCAUUAAUUUUUUAAUAACCAUAUUUGAUUAUUUACAUUAAUCAACCAAAUAUGUAUCAUUAAAAAUAUCUUAAUAAUUAAUAAGGAUAUUUUCUCUAUUAAUAGAGAAGAACAAAAAAAAUCUAGUGCACAAAAGUCAUGUUUGACCAUUUCGUCAUCUAUAUUUAAAGAGAAUUACAAUUUUUAUCUACCAUAAAAAAAGUUCAUACUAGGUCUCAAUUACAUUAAUUUAUUUAAUAUAUAACAUUUUUAAAUCUUCU